CGGUAUAAACAAGCCUCAGUAUUAUAAUCUCGUGCUACGUAAGAGGAGUUCUUGUACUUUCCUUGAUAUUAAUCAAUUAUCAUCUGCAAAUGGAAGACGCUGAAAUUAUUGAUACUUUGGAUCAUCCGAAUAAUAGCAAGACAGAAAGAUCAAAUGAUAUUCCAGAAAAUCUGAAGAACCUGGAUGUGGAAAUAUUAGGUGAAGAAAGCAGUGAAGUGUCUGAACCUGUAUAUCGAAUUCGGCCGCAUCUUUAUGAUAAGUUUAAGCCUUUAAGUGCAAAAGAAGUGAUACACAAUGUAUUGUUUGAUCAGCUCUCUACAAAAACAUAUAAUGCUCAGGAUGCUGUCCAAUGGACCAAAGAUAUAGCAGAUACGAUUAAAGAAAAAAUUAAAGGUGAUAGGAAUUCUUUGAAUUUUAUUAAUAGGCAUAAAAGAAAAUUAGAUAUCUGUUUCCUUUUUUUUAUAGAAUUAAAAUUUAAGCGUUAUAAAUAUAUCAUAAAUGUGGUCUUGGGGGAACAACAUGGCGCUGGUAUAAAAAUGGGAACGAGAUGUAUCUGGGAUGCAGAGGCAGAUGCAUAUGCUUUCGACAGUUUUAUAAAUGAUACGAUAUUUUGUGUAGCUACUGUAUAUGCUAUAUAUUUUUACUAAAAUGAGUAUAAGACAUUACAAGAUGGAUAUAUUGAUUAUAUUGGUUAUAUAUUGAUUAUAAGAAUUCAAUAUAUUGAAUUAUAAGUUUAAAAGUUU